UAAUAUUAACUGAAGGCAAAAGUUUGUGUAAUUUUAAGUUUAAAUGUUUAUUAAAUCGUUAUUAUGUCCAUCAAAGAACUUCCUAUAUCUACAAGUACGAAAUGUAACUGAAGUUGUAUCUGUCAAGCUAAAACCCCCAACAAAAGAUAGUUAUAAGCGAACAAAAAUAAUUGAUCGAAUUCGUAUUCAUGUAAGAGGUGGUAGUGGUGGUCAAGGUUCUCAGUCAACAGGUCUUAUUGGUGGAGAUGGUGGUAAUGUGUAUAUCAAAUGUUUAAAUGGAGGUUCCUUAUCAACCUUUGCAAAUAAAGAAAAUCGAAGAAUUGUUGCUGGGCAUGGAUUUCCUGCUAAACGAAAUCAAGUAAGAGUGAAAGAUGGAAAUGAUGUUUAUAUUAUUGUUCCACCAGGAACUGAAGUUAAAUCUAGCGAGGAUGUUCUUAUUUCAGAUCUAAAUGAAGAAGGUCAGACUUUGAAAGUUGUGAAUGGUGGAGCUGGUGGUUCUGCUAAGUAUGAAAAUUUUAAUGGUCAAAAAGGUGAAAAACGAAAUAUUGUGCUUGAGCUAAAAAGUAUAGCAGAUGUGGCUCUCACAGGCUUUCCAAAUGCUGGUAAAUCAUCACUUUUAUGUGCUUUAUCUCGAGCCCGUCCUAAAGUUGCUGAUUAUCCUUUUACUACCAUUAAUCCUAUGGUUGGAUCAAUAUUUUAUUCAGAUAAUACACAGGUAAAAGUUGUUGAUCUUCCUGGUCUUAUUGAAGAUGCUCACUUAAACAAGGGUAUGGGUCAUCGAUUUUUGCGUCAUAUAGAGCGAACCAAAGUAAUUACUCUUGUGAUUGAUAUAAAUGGGUUCCAAUUAAACUCUGAUGUACCACAUAGGACAUCGUUUGAUACAGUGUUAUUACUUCUUAAAGAACUAGCCUUGUAUGAAGAUCUUUUAUUAAAAAGGCCUUCAUUUAUUGUAUUAAACAAAAUGGAUUGUUUGGACUCAAAAACGAAAGCAAAUAUGUUUUUGGAGCAACUUUCGUCUGCUACUAUUAAUCAUCCAUUUUUAGAAAAUAAUAAUUUUGCUGAAGUUAUUUUAAACAAUUUAAAAAGUUUUUGUGAAAAUGAUUUUGAAAAAGUUUUGUUUAUAUCUGCAAAAGAGCAAAUUGGAUUAGAGACUUUAAAAACAAAACUUUACGAAAGUUUACCAAAACAUACAUUAGAUUUUGACGAAGAGGAUACAUGACAUUUUAUCUUUUUUCUUUUUUUAAAUAAGAAUUUUUAAACAUUUAAUAGAGAUAUCUAUUUA